ACUUACAGCAGCUACAUGUCGAGAGAGUGGCAGCUGACCCAAAAAUGGAAGACAUGUAACGACCAUAGUCCUGAGGCUGGCUUGAAUCUCAGUGAGACCUGGUCCAUGUCUUUGCAUUUGUUUUCGGACAAGAUGGAUGAUCCGGAAUCCUCGUUCGAAGAUCCCACGUCCGUGCUCAAAGUGCUGGCCGAUUACCAGGCGUCUCAUCGCCGUCGAACCUCGUUCCUCAAGCGCAAUCGCAUCGAUUCCACCAGUCACACCUCGGCCGUCUCCAGUACUUCGACCACGGCCCAGGCCUCUCAUACUUCCCACAAUGCCCAUUCGACCGUUCAGCAACAUCUCCGAUUCGACGAUUCCGGCUCCUCGGCCUCCUCGCCUUUUCCAUCAUGGGGGGCUGGGCCCAAGCUGCCCCGCCUCUCGCCCACUCUAGGUCCGGAUCCAUGGGCGGGGGCACAUUUUCCUCCUCCCGUCUCUCAAACCGCUUCAUCCGCCAUCGAUGAAACCAGUCGACGGCAGAUCGCUGAAUUAGAGCAAAAAUUGGCCGUUCAAGCCAGCCAAAUCCUGGAUGCGCAAACCCAAGUAACCAAAUAUGAGGCUCAAAUGCAGAAAAUGGCGCUCUUGGCCGAGAAAGACCGUUGGGCUCAAACGAGCGAACGCGAGAAACGACAAUUGGAACGGGACCAUGAGCUCCAGCGGCGAGAGGAGUUGGAGUUCCAAGUCCAGAAGCUCCAGAAACGACUUCGCCUUCAAUCGGAGCAAGAUCAAUUAGCUCGGCGACGAUCCCGCGAGUCCGGGCAGGAUGACGAACGAAAUUACCAAUGGUUGGGGCAAGAGAAUGCUCAAUUGAAGCAACAAGCGCUCGAGACUCGUGGCGAGUUCCAGGAUCAACGACAGGCUUGGAAACGGGAAAAGCAUGACUUAGAGUUCCAAAUCCGCGCUUUGAAAAGCGACUUGGAACAGAAGCGAAAGAGCGAGGAAUUAGAGGAACGGGGCCAAAAAUCGCGGGAGAAGGACAGUGUUAAAUUGGAACGAUUGGCGUUGGAGUUGCAACAAUCCCAGGCAGAGGUCCAACGUUUAACUUUGGCAUUAGAGCAUAAUCAAGAUGCCACCUUAACCCGGAACAUCAUGCGCGAGCAACUGGCCCAUUACCCGCAACUGUUGCGCGAGAACGAAGCCCUCAAACGAGAGAAUAAGCUCUUGAAUGAAACGGCCGAAAACGGGGUGUUGCUCAAAGAACAAAUCUCGGACCUUCAGAGCCAGAUGGAUCAGGCUCAACAACAGAUCAGUGCCGGGCAAAAGUCCCAGAGUGAUUUGAUGUUCCUGAAAAAAACGCUUCAACACUGGGAGAAUUUGUGCUUGCGGUUCUUGAGUGAAGACGACCGAGCCAGUUUAACGGGAAAAAUUAGCCCGGAUAUCAUGGCUGCUCAAAUUGGCGAACUCCAACGCAAGGAACUGGGUUUGAUUCAAGACCUCAACGAAUGCAAGUCCGAGUGCUCUGGGCUCGAAAGAAAAGUCAAAGUUUUAGAGGAUGCUAAGACCAAAGUGGAGAAAGAGUUGACUGUAAAAAAGAACGUCAUCGCUGAACAAUCUGGAUUUGUCAAAAAGCUUCAACGGAAAAUCUUUUUGGUGGCCAAGGAAAGAGAUAGCUACAAGAGUGUACUCGGGUCUUACGAGCAAGAAAUCACAUUUACGGGAGGAAACUUCGAGCGCGAUCGCAUUGCCUCCUUAGAAAAGGUGGUCUCCGAACAUCAAAGCAUGAUUGAGAAGCUCGAAACACUCCUGGCCCAAGCACGAUCCGGAUCGGACAGUCCCAAUAACGAAGAAGAUAAUGAUGACAACAAUGAACUGCGCGAGGAGAUAGCCCGAUUGGGUCAAGAACUGGAGACUUUGACCAAAGACCUGGAGGCUGUCCGGCGUGAAAAAGACGACUUGGAAUUGGAGUUGGAAAAACGAGCCAUCCGUGGCGAUUAUAAUCCGACGGAGGCUCAAGUGCUUCAUUUUGGAAAUAAUCCUAUGAGUCAGGCCGUGGAGGGCCGAGGUCAAGAGUUCAAGUUGUUGCAAGCCGAGAAUGAGGCCCUGAAAGCUCGAGUAAAACUCUUGAAGGAAGGCCAAUCUCGAGAUCUCACUGUGCUAGUGGGCCAAAAAAUGGAUGAGGGGGCUUCUUCACAAGAGGUCAAAGACUUAAAUGAGCAACUUAAAUUGGCCGAGAUCCGUCAACAACGUUUGCUAGAGGCGUUCAAAAAGACUUCGACGGAUUUCCGCGAGGUCAUUUGCCAACUCACGGGCUUCAAGAUCAAUGUGGUCGAGGAUUUGUACAGUCUCUACCCCAUCUACAGCGAGAACCAAGACGACCAUCUCGCCUUCAAGUACUCGGAUGGCCAAUGUCACAUGCUGGAAACCGACUUUUCGAGCCAAUUGGGCGAAUUCAUCGAUCUACACUUGAAGCGACAAAACUCGAUUCCAGUGUUUCUUGCAGCAGUGAUCUCCGAUCUCUUCUCACGCCAAACUUUCGAAACCAUAUCCAUGUCCAUCACAACAGCCGGAGAGGAAGAAGACGAUCCAAUUUGUCUCGAUUAAAUCAUAGGAAAAUACAAAGGAAAAAUGGA